UUCCUCAAGCAGAGGACAAGGUUCCUCAAACUGAGGACAAAGUACCUCACACUGAGGACAAGGUACCUCACAAGGUUCCUCAAGCUGAGGCCAAGGUACCUCACACUGAGGACAAGGUACCUCACACUGAGGACAAGGUUUCUCACGCUGAGGACAAGGUUUCUCACGCUGAGGACAAGUUUCCUCACGGUAAGGACAAGGUUCCUCAAGCUGAGGACAACGUUCUUCACGCUGACGACAAGGUACCUCAUACUGAGGACAAUGUUCCUCAAGCUGAGGACAAGGUACCUCACACUGAAGACAAGAUUCCUCACGGUGAGGACUAAUUUCCACACGCUGAGGACAAGGUUCAAGAAAUUUUCAUUUUUUCACCAAAUCCGAAAUUUUCAAGAAAUUUUCAUUUUUUCGGCAAAUCCGAAAUUUUCAAGAAAAUUUUCAUUUUUUCGCCAAAUCCGAAAUUUUCAAGAAAAUUUUCAUUUUCUCGCCAAAUCCGAAGUUCCUCAAGCAGAGGACAAGGUUCCUCAAACUGAGGACAAAAUACCUCACACUGAGGACAAGGUACCUCACAAGGUUCCUCAAGCUGAGGCCAAGGUACCUCACACUGAGGACAAGGUACCUCACACUGAGGACAAGGUUUCUCACGCUGAGGACAAGGUUUCUCACGCUGAGGACAAGUUUCCUCACGGUGAGGACAAGGUUCCUCAAGCUGAGGACAACGUUCUUCACGCUGACGACAAGGUUCCUCAUACUGAGGACAAUGUUCCUCAAGCUGAGGACAAGGUACCUCACACUGAAGACAAGGUUCCUCACGGUGAGGACAAAUUUCCACACGCUGAGGACAAAUUUCCUCACGCUGAGGAAAGGGUUCCUCACGCUGAGGACAAGGCAACUCACACUGAGGACAAUGUUCCUCAAGCUGAAGACAAGGUACCUCACACUGAGAACAAGGUUCCUCACGCUGAGGAGAAUUUUCCUCAAGCUGAGGACAAAGUAAUUCACACUGAGGAAGGGCUUCCCCCACUGAGUACAACCUCCUCACUCUGAAGACAAGGUUCUUGACGGUGAGGACAAGGUUCCUCACGGUGAGGACAAGGUUCCUCUCGCGGAGGACAAGAUUCCUCACGCAGAGGACAAGGUUCCUCAAGCUGAGGACAAGGUUCGUCACGCUGAGGACAAGGUUUCUCACGCUGAGAACAAGGUUCCUCACGCUGAGGACAAGGUUCCUCAAGCUGAGGAUAAAGUUCCCCAAGCUGAGGACAAAGUACCUCACACUGAAGACAAGGUACCUCACACUGAGGAUAACGCUCCCCACGCUAACGACAAGGCUCCUCACAGUGAGGACUAGGUUCCUCACGCUGAGGACAAGGUUCCUCACGCUGAGGAUAAAGUUCCCCAAGCUGAGGACAAAGUACCUCACACUGAAGACAAGGUACCUCACACUGAGGAUAACGGUCCCCACGCUGACGACAAGGCUCCUCACAGUGAGGACUAGGUUCCUCACGUUGAGGACAAGGUUCCUCACGCAGAGGACAAGGUUCCUCUCGCUGAGGACAAGGUACCUCACUCUGAGGGCAAGGUUCCUCAUUCUGAGGACAAGGUUCCUCACACUGAGGACAAGGUCCCUCACACUGAGGACAAGGUUCCUCACGCUGAGGACAAGGUACCUCACGCUGAGGACAAUGUUCCUCACGCUGAAGACAAGGUUCCCCAAGCUGAGGACAAGUUAGGUCACACUGAGGACAAGGUACCGCACACUUAGGACAAGGUACCUCACGUUGAGGACAAGGUUCCUCACGGUGAGGACAAGGUUUCUCACGGUGACGACAAGGAUCCUCACGCUCAGGACAAGUUUCCUCUCACUGAGGACAAGGUUCCUCACGCUGAGGACAAGGUUUCUCCGGCUGAGGACAUGGCACCUCACGCUAAGGACGACGUACCUCACACUGAGAACAAGGUACCUCACACUGAGAAUAAGGUUCUUCAUGGUGAGGACAAGGUCCUCACGCAGAGGACCAGGUCCCUCAAGGUGAGCACAAGGUUCCUCAAGCUGACGACAAUGUACCGCACACUGAGGACAAGGUUCCUCGCACUGAGGACAAGGCUUUUCACGCUGACGACAAGGUUCCUCACGCUGAGAACAAGGUUCCUCAAGCUGAGGGCAAAGUUUCUCACGCUGAGGACAAGGUACCUCACACUGAGGACAAGGUACGUCACACCGAGGACAAGUUUCCUCACCCUGAGGACAAGGUACCUCUCACUGAGGACAAGUUUCCUCACGCUGAAGACAUGGUACCUCACACUGAGGACAAGGUACGUCACACUGAGGACAAGGUUCCUCACACUGAGGACAAGGUUCCUCACGCUGAGGACAAGGUACCUCACACUGGGGGCAAGGUUCCUCAAGCUGAGAAAAAUGUACCUCACACUGAGAACAAGGCACCUCCCACUGAGGACAGGGUUCUUCACGCCCAGGACAAGGAUCCUCACGCUGAAGACAAGGUUCCUCACGCUGAGGACAAGGUUCUGACGCUGAGAACCAGGUUCCUCAAGCUGAGGACAGGUUUCUCCACCAUGAAGACAAGGUAGCUCACACUGAGGGCAAGGUAUUUCACACUGAGGACAAGGUUGCUGACGCUGAGGACAACGAUCCUCAAGCUGAGGACAAGGUACCUCACACUGAGGACAAGGUACCUCACACUGAGGACAAGGCUUCUCACGCUGAGGACAAGGUUGCUGCCGCUGAGGACAAGCUUAGUGACGCUGAGGACAAAGUCCUCACGCAGAGGACAAGGUCCCUCAAGGUGAGGACAAGAUUUCUCACGCUGAGGACAAGGUACCUCACACUGAGGACAAGGUACCUCACACUGAGGACAAGGUUCCUCACGCUGAGGUCAAGGAACCUCACACUGAGGAAAAGGUUCCUCAUGCUGAGGAAAAGGUUCCUCAAGCUGAGGACAAGAUACCUCACACUGAGGACAAGGCACGCGACACUGAGGACAAUGUCCCUCACGCUGAGGACAAGGUACCUCACACUGAGGUCAAGGUAUCUGACACUGAGGAAAAGGUUGCUCAUGCUGAGGACAAGGUUCCUCACGCUGAGGACAAGUACCUCACACUGAGGACAAGGUACCUCACACUCAGGACAAGGUUCCUCACGAUGAGGACAAGGUACCUCACACUGAGGGCAAGGUAUUUCACACUGACGACAAGGUUACUGACGCUGAGGACAAGGUACCUCAUACUGAGGACAAGGUACCUCGCACUGCGGACCUGUUCCCUCACACUGAGGAAAAGGGUCCUCACGCUGAGGACAAGGUUCCUCACGCUGCGGACAAGGUACCUCACACUGAGGACAAGCUUCUUCAAGCUGAGAAAAAGGUACCUCACACUGAGGACAAGGAACCUCCCACUGAGGACAGGGUUCCUCACGCCUGGACAAGGUUCCUCACGCUGAGGAAAAGGUUCCUCACGCUGAGGACAAUGUCCUGACGCUGAGAACAAGGUUCCUCAAUCUGAGGACAAGUUUCCUCACGAUGAGGACAAGGUACCUCACACUGAGGACAAGGUACCUCACACUGAGGACAAGGCUCCUCACGCUGAGGACAAGGUUGCUGCCGCUGAGGACAAGCUUACUCACGCUGAGGACAAAGUCCUCACGCAGAGGACAAGGUCCCUCAAGGUGAGGACAACAUUCCUCACGCUGAGGACAAGGUACCUCACACUGAGGACAAGGUACCUCACACUGAGGACAAGGUUCCUCACGAUGAGGACAAGGUACCUCACACUGAGGGCAAGGUAUUUCACACUGAGGACAAGGUUACUGACGCUGAGGACAAGGUUCCUCAAGCUGAGGACAAGGUACCUCACACGGAGGACAAGCUACCUCACACUGAAGUCUAGGUUUGUCACGCUGAGGACAAGGUUCCUCACGGUGAGGAAAAAAAUCCUCACGCAGAAGACAAGAUUCCUCACGUUGUGGACAAGGAUCCUCACGGUGGGGACAAGGUUUCUCACGCUGACGACAAGGUACCUCACACUGAGGACAAGGUACCUCACACUGAGGACAAGGUUCCUCACGAUGAGGACAAGGUACCUCACACUGAGGGCAAGGUAUUUCACACUGAGGACAAGGUUACUGACGCUGAGGACAAGGUUCCUCAAGCUGAGGACAAGGUACCUCACACGGAGGACAAGCUACCUCACACUGAAGUCUAGGUUUGUCACGCUGAGGACAAGGUUCCUCACGGUGAGGAAAAAAAUCCUCACGCAGAAGACAAGAUUCCUCACGUUGUGGACAAGGAUCCUCACGGUGGGGACAAGGUUUCUCACGCUGACGACAAGGUACCUCACACUGAGGACAAGGUACCUCACACUGAGGACAAGGUUCCUCACGAUGAGGACAAGGUACCUCACACUGAGGGCAAGGUAUUUCACACUGAGGACAAGGUUACUGACGCUGAGGACAAGGUUCCUCAAGCUGAGGACAAGGUACCUCACACGGAGGACAAGCUACCUCACACUGAAGUCUAGGUUUGUCACGCUGAGGACAAGGUUCCUCACGGUGAGGAAAAAAAUCCUCACGCAGAAGACAAGAUUCCUCACGUUGUGGACAAGGAUCCUCACGGUGGGGACAAGGUUUCUCACGCUGACGACAAGGUACCUCACACUGAGGACAAGGUACCUCACACUGAGGACAAGGUUCCUCACGAUGAGGACAAGGUACCUCACACUGAGGGCAAGGUAUUUCACACUGAGGACAAGGUUACUGACGCUGAGGACAAGGUACCUCAUACUGAGGACAAUUUACCUCGUACUGAGGACCUGUUACCUCACACUGAGGACUAGAUUCUUCCCGCUGAGGACAAGAUACCUGACACUGCGGACAAGGUUCGUCACGCUGAGGACAAGGUUCCUCAAGCUGGGGACAAAGUCCAUCACACUGUGGACAAGGUACCUCACACUGAGGACAACGUUCCUCACGCUGAGGACAAGGUUCCCCAAGCUGAGGACAAGGUACGUCACACUGAGGAGAAGGUACCUCACACUUAGGACAAGGUACCUCACACUGAGGACAAGGUACCUCACACUGAGGACAAGGUUCCUCACGCUGAAGACAACGUUCCUGAAGCUGAGGACAAGGUUCUUCAAGCUGUGGACAAAGUACCUCCAACUGAGCUCAAGGUUCCUCACGCCCAGGACAAGGUACGUCACGCUGAGGACAAGGUUCCUGACGCUGAGGACAAGGUCCUCACGGUGAGGACAAAGUUCCUCAAGCUGAGGACAAGGUUCCUCACGCUGAGUACAAGGUACCUCACAUUGAGGACAAAGUACGUCACACUGAGGAAAAGGGUCCUCACGCUGAGGACAAGGUUCCUCACGCUGCGGACAAGGUACCUCACACUAAGGAGAAGCUUCCUAAAGCUGAGAAAAAGGUACCUCACACUGAGGACAAGGAACCUCCCACUGAGGACAGGGUUCCUCACGCCCAGGACAAGGUUCCUCACGCUGAGGAAAAGGUUCCUCGCGCUGAGGACAAGGUCCUGACGCUGAGAAGAAGGUUCCUCAAUCUGAGGACAAGGUUCCUCACGAUGAGGACAAGGUACCUCACACUGAGGACAAGGUACCUCACACUGAGGACAAGGCUCCUCACGCUGAGGACAAGGUUGCUGCCGCUGAGGACAAGCUUACUCACGCUGAGGACAAAGUCCUCACGCAGAGGACAAGGUCCCUCAAGGUGAGGUUUCUCACGCUGAGGACAAGGUUCCUCACGGUGAGGAAAAAAAUCCUCACGCAGAAGACAAGGUUCCUCACGUUGUGGACAAGGAUCCUCACGGUGAGGACAAGGUUUCUCACGCUGACGACAAGGUUCCUCACGCUGAGGACAAGUUACCUCACACUGAGGACAAGGGUCCUGACGCUGGCAAAAAGGUUCCUCUCACUGAGGACAAGGUACCUCACGCUGAGGACAUGGUACCUCACACUGAGGACAAGGUUCGUCAAGCUGAGGACACGGUACCUCACCCUGAGGUCAAGGUACCUCGCACGGAGGACAAGGCUCCUCACGCUGGGGACAAGGUUCCUCACGCUGAGGAGAAGUUACCUCACAUUGAGGACAAGGGUGCUGACGCUGGCGACAAGGUUCCUCUCACUGAGGACAAGGUUCCACACGCUUAG